AUGGCCGUUGCCGUCGCUCUCUGGAGUCUCGAGGUCAAGCCGGGCGUGUCUGCCUUGAUUGAGCCCCCGGCGGACCUCCGCAUCACGAACGUCGCGCUCGGUGAUGAGGUUGCGGACACGACGGGACGUACUAGUGUGAGGCUUGUGUACCGCACUCCGGGUGCGGGGCAGGACAGCGAGGAGGAAGAUGAGGACGAAGACGAGGAAGAGGAAAAGAUGGAGGGCGAGAACGUCACGUCCACUAUCCUCUGCUCCCUCUCGUGCGGCAGGAUUGAGCAGGCGACUGUGAACAUCGUGCUGAACGAGGACUCCGAGUAUGUCGUUGAGGUCGUCGGGAAGAACACGGUUUACCUGACUGGUAAUUACAUCGACCAGCGUUCGCCCGACCAGGAUCCGUUCAGCGACGAAGAAGAGGACUUCGACCUCCAGGAUGUCAGCUCGGACGUCGAGAUCGACCCCGCGGAGCUUGACGGUAUGAGCGACGAGGACCGUUUCGAGGAGGUUGUGGAGGACGAGCCUAAAGUGGAGCAACCGUCGAAAAAGCGUCCUCGUGAGUCGGACGUGAUGGAAACGGACGGCCCUAAGGCCUCGAAGUCCGAGAAGAAGAAGAAGCAGAAGGGCACAGACGGUCAGGCUGUCGAGCCUCCGGCGGAGAAGACGACGGAGAAGAGCAAAAAGGACAAGAAGGAUAAGAAGGACAAAAAGGACAAGGGAAAGGACAAGGAGGAGGGUGACGCGGGAAAGAAAGGCGACGCCAAGGUGCUGCAGGGAGGUGUGAAGAUCGCGGACACCACCGUCGGGACGGGUCCUCAGGCUAAGCGCGGCAACACCGUUGGUAUGCGGUACAUUGGCAAGCUCGAGAACGGCAAGGAAUUCGAUAAGAACACGAAGGGUUCUCCUUUCAAAUUCCGCCUUGGUGCCGGGGAAGUUAUCAAGGGAUGGGACGUUGGCAUUGCCGGGAUGCAGGUUGGAGGGGAGCGAAUUUUGACCAUUCCCGCUGCCAUGGGCUACGGCAAGAAGAAGAUGCCGGGCAUCCCUGCCAACUCGACUCUGAUCUUCGAGGUCAAGCUCCUCGAAAUCAAGUAA